AUGGUCCGGGUCGACAACACCUCCAAGCAGAGGAUGGUGGAUCCCACGCCCGGCACCGUGGUGCAGGCGAGCGCUUUUGCGUACGAGGAGGGGCAGGACCUCCUCGUGGUCCACGGGGGCAGGCUGCUCGACGCGAGGGUGACGGGCGGGCCGGCGGCAGGGUCGGGCAGCCUCCACCGCGUGCGGCUGAGCGGCGACGCAGCGGAGGUCGAGCUGGACUUGAACGAGAUGAACCAUUGCCCGCAGCGCUGUGGAAGCGCGGAGAGCUUCGAGGCUGCACGCGCGGCGUACUGCAGGCAGCUGGUGGAAGAUGGCCGCUUCAUCGAGGACGCCAUCACCAGCAAUCGCUUGAGCGUCACGGAGCAGCUCGUGAGGCUCACCAUGGAGACACACGACAGCGCAGCGAGGGAUGCAGGGGCCAUCGCGCACAUGUCUUUUGACGACCUGGAGUGGGUCGCCGGAACCGACAUUUCCGUCCAGGACCGCGUAUGGGCAUUGGGCAGCGAGGGCUUCGUGGAGCACCGGGAGAGAAGCGGCCGCUGCAUUGUGAAGUUGGCCGACGGAUCGUCGACGCCGCCGCUGGCGGCCAACCUGCUGAAGAAGGCGCGGCCCAUCGCUGGGGUCCAGGACGCGUCGUUCGCCGCCGUGCGCGACGUGUCCGGCCUCGUGCCCCUGCUGACUAGGCCGAACGCGAGGCGGCCGCAGGGUGCUCACUGCCGCCAGCCAGUGCUGGUCUGCGCAGGGCCUGGCACAGGCAAGAGCUGGUCGAUGCAGCAGCUGCAGUUCCUGCUGGCGCAGGAGCUGAGUGCGCCCAGGGCGCAGCCCUGCGAGGACCCCGUGCGCCUGGUGCCACUGCUGAUCCCGAUCCAGAAGCUCGCCCGCAUGCUGCGGGAUCGCCAGGCCGCCACGUCGCCGGAGCCAGAGCCCGGCGGAGCGGACCUGGUGCUGUUCUACAUCCGGCGCGAGUUCACGGACGCUCCCACGCGGGCCAUGUUGACGCAGGCGUUCGAUAUGCGCGCUCUGGUCGUGAUGCUGGACGGCGUGGACGAGGCCGCGAACCUGAAGCAGGCGGUCGAGGAGUUCGUGACCAAGACGCUGGUGCCGAUGGGCAUGCCUCUGGUCCUCACGUCGCGGCCGGAGGGCGUCCGCAAGCGCUUGUACGCCCGCGACUUUGUGAUAAUGCACCUGCAGCCUCUCAGCGGAGACGAGCAGCACCAGAUAGCGCGCAAGCAGCUGCAGGGUAAUGAGCUCUUCGAGCGCAUCCUUGCCUGCAGCGGACUGCGCCAGCGCGCCAUGUCCGGGUGCGAGGAGGCGAAGGCCCUCCUCGAGGGCCAGAAGGAUCUGCUCCGCCCCCUGCUGAAGCUAAGCGACUGCGAGGCCGACUUCGACGCCGCGCUCGAGGCCCGCUUGCAGGUCUUCGGCGAGGUCGUCGAGGUUCCCGUCCUCCUCUCCGUGCUCGUGUGCGUGCUGGGCGCGGGCACCGGCGAGCUGCCGCGCGACGCGUUCGAGCUGUACGAUCUGGGCGUGCGCGCCGCGCUGCGGCGGCACUUCGCUGGGGGCGAGGAGCAGCGCGCGGGGCCCUGCCUGGAGAUGCUGCAGGCCAUCGCGGCCGCGAACCACCUGGCGAAGCGGCGCACGUUCCAGCCGGGCGACGUGCGCCGUGCGCUCGCGGACCGGCCCGACCUGCAGGGCCUCUGGUCCGAGCUGGUGGACCGCGGGGAGGUGCCCGUGGUCAAGAUCCUGACGCUGGGCGACACCGGCGAGUUCCAGUUCCGCCACCUGAGUUUCCAGGAGUGCCUCUUCGUGCGGGAGCUCUGCGGGCGAGGCCUCGCCGAGGGCGGGCCAGCGCAGGGGGCGGCCGCCUUCUGGGGCGGCGCCGAGGGGCUCAGCGGGCGCCUGAACGACGCGUUCUACCGCAACGCCUUCGUGCUGGGGCGCGGGCACCUCGGGCGGGCGCUGUCCGCCCGGCGGGCCGAGUGGGACUUCGACUGCCAGCCGAGGCUGAGCGCGCUGGGCACGGCCGCGCUGCGGGGGCUGCUGGCGGGGGCGGCUGGACUGCGGCUCCUGGACCUGUCCAACCUGGGGCUCGGCGCGCCCGACGAG